UCCGGGAGUUCCUCCGGGAGUUCCUCCGGGAGUUCCUCCGGGAGUUCCUCCGGGAGUUCCUCCGGGAGUUCCUCCGGGAGUUCCUCCGGGAGUUCCUCCGGGAGUUCCUCCGGGAGUUCCUCCGGGAGUUCCUCCGGGAGUUCCUCCGGGAGUUCCUCCGGGAGUUCCUCCGGGAGUUCCUCCGGGAGUUCCUCCGGGAGUUCCUCCGGGAGUUCCUCCGGGAGUUCCUCCGGGAGUUCCUCCGGGAGUUCCUCCGGGAGUUCCUCCGGGAGUUCCUCCGGGAGUUCCUCCGGGAGUUCCUCCGGGAGUUCCUCCGGGAGUUCCUCCGGGAGUUCCUCCGGGAGUUCCUCCGGGAGUUCCUCCGGGAGUUCCUCCGGGAGUUCCUCCGGGAGUUCCUCCGGGAGUUCCUCCGGGAGUUCCUCCGGGAGUUCCUCCGGGAGUUCCUCCGGGAGUUCCUCCGGGAGUUCCUCCGGGAGUUCCUCCGGGAGUUCCUCCGGGAGUUCCUCCGGGAGUUCCUCCGGGAGUUCCUCCGGGAGUUCCUCCGGGAGUUCCUCCGGGAGUUCCUCCGGGAGUUCCUCCGGGAGUUCCUCCGGGAGUUCCUCCGGG